UGAAGCUGUGAGGGUAAACAUGGCUCUGGGUUUACUUCACAGAUCUGUCGGUGUGUUUCAGCUCAGCAGGAGCUCCGCUCGGCUCGCAGCGGCUCGGUUCUGUUCUCAGACGGAACCGGAGCCGCUGACGGUGAAACAGCAACAUAACGGGAUCAGGAGGAUAAUACUGAACAAUCCCAAGAAGAGGAACGCUCUGUCUCUGUCCAUGCUGGAGUCUCUCAGAGAAAACAUCCUCACUGACGUGGACAGUGAUGAUCUCAGAGUUGUCAUCAUAUCAGCCAAAGGUCCAGUGUUUUCCUCUGGACACGACCUGAAGGAGCUGACGUCAGCUCAGGGACGAGAAUAUCACACGAAGGUGUUUCACACCUGUUCAGAGGUAAUGACUCUGAUACAGGACAUACCUGUUCCAGUCAUCGCCAUGGUGAACGGUGUUGCCACUGCUGCCGGUUGCCAGCUUGUUGCCAGCUGUGACGUUGCCGUGGCGACAGACAAGUCCACCUUCGCCACUCCAGGUGUGAACGUGGGUCUGUUCUGCUCCACGCCGGCAGUCGCCAUCGGCAGAGCGGUGCCGAGGAAGGUUGCGAUGGAGAUGCUGUUCACAGGAACUCCCAUCUCGGCCCAUGAUGCUUUGCUGCACGGUCUGAUCAGUAAGGUGGUACCAGAGGAACGUCUGGAGGAGGAAACGUUAGCCAUCGCCCAGCGGGUGUGUCAGGCGAGCCGACCUGUUGUUGCCCUCGGCAAGGCCACUUUCCAAAGACAAAUGGCUCAGGGUCGAGAUGCAGCGUACGCCACCGCCUCCAAGGUUAUGGUUGACAACCUGGCUCUGAGAGACGGACAAGAGGGGAUCCGGGCCUUCAUAGAGAAACGCAAGCCAGUGUGGAGCAAUACAGCACAAAAAGCCCAUGACUGAUGGACUGUUGACUUUGACACAGGACAUAGUGAUUAUCCUGACUGGUACAUGCGGUUUUCAGUGACUGGUGAGGACUAAUUAGCACCAGUGCCAAGUUAAUUUAUGGGCUACACUACUUUCCAAAUGUACAUGUGUAAUUUUCAAGAUCACAAUGAUUGAAGUUUGACUGUUGACUUCAUGUUCCCUGAGGAUUUCCUCCUUUUUGCUGAGACUGAGGACAAGUGGGUGAACCAUUGUGUGCCUUAAAAGCUUUGCUGUGGAGAAGAGAAGGAAAUAUAUGUUACCACCCAGAGGACUCCAGAUGUUAAUGAUGUAACAGACUUUUAAAGGCUAAGGAAUGCUUUUCUCUGUAUUUGUAUGAUUUAAAAUGCAAUAAAUAGGAUUGUCGGGUGAUAGUCGAAGCUCUUCCAAGGCUCGGAUGGACAGAAAACAUACUUUUUAAUAAAAUAUCCAAAGUAAAAGCAUUUGUACAUAAAAAGUAAGUAGAGAGUACAGAUGUGUGCACUGUAAAUGAUGAAUAGAAGCUAAAGUUUGCACAGAUAAAACACUAAGCAGUUCAAGUCAAUUUUUGCUCAGAUUCUAGGACAGUUUUAAAUUCAUUUUGUAUCUAUUUUUCAAAUCAAUGUUAAUAAAGCAAUUUCUCUGAAACAAAGAUAACACAAAGCUGUAUUACAGAAUUAUACACAUUGCAUUAAAUUAAUCGUAAUAUUAAUACCUCAGAACAUCAAGGAUAUAAAAAGAAAACUUAAUAAUGAAAGUGAAAAGUGAAAUUUUUAAAGGUAAAAAAAUACUUCUGGAGGCAGCUGGUUACUUCCACUUUGCAACACAGUUCAAGUCUACAAGGUUGCAAAAAGAGUUACAAAAAAACAAAUUAGUGUGGAUAUAUGGUGAUACAAAGAAGAUGCAUUGUAUUUUAUUGCUCAGAUGGCUAAAGCAACCAUAGUGUAAUUCUAAUUCUAUGGUUAAUGCUAAUAAGUAACUUUUCUAGCUAAUCUAGGUCAGAAUAAAAAUGACGUGAGCAAAAACUUGAUAUGUAGUAGGUGAAUCAAUAA